CUCUGCUCGGCCUCCCCCGGCCUGAUAAAAGGGCAGCCGGGUGCCGAGGGCUCGAACCUGCCAAGAUGGUGCUCAGCGACGAGGACAAGACCAGGGUGCGGAACCUCUGGAGCACUGUGAGCAAGAAUCCCGAAACUUACGGGGCUGAGGCCCUUUGCAGGAUGUUCUUAGCGCACCCCACCACCAAGACCUACUUCCCCCACUUCGACCACAGCCCCGGCUCCAGCGACCUCAAGGCGCACGGCAGGAAGGUGAUCGACGCGCUCACCGAAGCCGUCAACAACCUGGACGACGUCGCGGGCGCGCUUUCCAGGAUCAGCGACCUGCACGCCCAGAAACUUCGCGUGGAUCCCGUCAACUUUAAGAUGCUGAGCGAGUGCAUCGAGGUAACCAUCGCCGUUCACAAUGGGCCCUUCAAACCCGAAGUGCUUCUCGCCCUCGACAAGCUCCUGACCUUCAUCUGCAAGGUUCUGAUCUCCAGGUACCGCUAGAGACAGGGAGCGCCGCCCUGCCUGUGCUCCGAAACAAGGACCCUCCUCCUCUCCGGCAUCUCUCCUCCCUCCGCGAUGAGAAUCCUGUCAGCAUCUCUUGCCUGCACCUCUCCUGCUCCGUGGGGCUCACUUGCGGAACCCUAGUUUGGGUGUCUCCCGGAGCCUGAAUUCCUAGUUGCCCUGUAGCUGAAUUGACCAGGCUCAGAGCCAGGUCCAGGCUGUUUGCAGUGGGACUGAGCAGCUAAAGGUCUUUGGGGGCGCUCCUAAGGACAUAAUCCUCGACCACCUUAAUGGCAGCUACCACCGUUAAUUUCCGAGCUGGUUCUACUCCCACCGUUGUGCAAAUUAAGAUUUCAUUGCUUUCUCACCCUCACUGAAUCUAUAUUAUUAAAACAAAUAAAUAAAAGCACAGGAAAAGA